UAUAAAUAAAUUGGUGAAUUUGUUUGUAGUUAUUGAAUUUAGUACCUACUACCUAGGUCUUAGGUAAUUUCGUCUACUUGUUUCUUGAUUACAAUUAAAAAUUGCUUUAAGGAACGAAAAUCUACUACGAAUUCAAUAUGUGCUGCCUGCUUUCUUAGCAGAAUGGAGGAUAUAGCGGAGGUUGCCGACACUUUGUCUCACGAUGAUCUCUUGGAAAUAACGAAGUCUUCGCUCGUUAAUUUAUUACGCACGGAUUCAUUGCUGUCCGAUUUACCGUCAGACAUAAUUUUGGAAGAGAUAAUAUCACUGAUAGCUGUAGAACAUGGUCAGUCUAUUAGCAUCUACAUCGCUCGAGAUGAUGAACCACCUUUGAAAGUAAUUGUACCACAAAACGCAACAGUGAGAGAACUAAAAAAAGCGAUAGCAAGACAUUUUGAAAUAUACCAGCAAAGAACAGGCAGUAAAGUGAAAAUAUCUUGGAAGUAUAUAUGGAGAACCUACAACUUGAGCUUUGACAGUUUCACCUUAGAUGAUAAUGACAGCUGUAUAGGAAACUAUGGAAUUAGUAAUAAAGAUACAUUGAGUUAUAAGAAAAAGAGAAAAAAAACCCAAAAUAUAGUUUGUAAAUUAUUUAUUUAAUAACUAAAAGACUUAAUUCCUAAUUCAUAAAAGUUUUCUUUUUAUAUUAUAAAAAAAACAGACACUUGUGUGGAAAACUAAUAUAUUUCUGUGACAAUAUUUCUGAAUAUAAAGACUGUGUUGCAUUUAAAAAAAUCUUCACUCCCUAGUUGGAUACUUAAGUAUUAAAAUAACAAAAUAAAAUAGGAUACGUAAGAUAAAAUCAA